CAAGAGGCCACCAAGUGGGCCCAAAGACAGGCCAAGAGGGCCUCCGUUGACAUCUUGGUUCAAGCCAUUGGUUUUACCCAGUGGAGGUCUCCAAGUUGGUAUCCUGUCUGGUUCCGGGCUGGACAGCCCCCCAUCGCCAGAUUCCGCGCCAUGCUUCAGGAUGGUGAGGCGGCUCUCGCCGCCGUCGCCGCCAGGUGGCCCGCACGUUCGCCUUGGGAGCUGGGCGUGAGGGCGCGUCGCCCGUGCCUCGACGAAGGUUGGAGCGGUCUGGCCGGCAGCCGCGAAGGGCACCGCUUCGGGCCGGCGGCGCCCGCGGCGCCCGCGGCGCCGGCGGCGGGGUGCGCCGAGGGCGACGGCGCGAUCGGCAGCCCCGGGAGCCGGGCGGGCGCCAUUUCGAGGGCGUUGCGCCGCGAGGCGCGCGGGCCCCCCGCGCCGCCAGGGUCGCCCUCGGCGGCGCUCGGGGCUGCUCCGAGCUCGCGCGGCUGAUCUCGAGCAAAAGUCGGCGGUGAGCCCGGGGAGGGGGAAGGCAGAAGAACCAAACCACACUGACGUCUUCCUCUGUAUGAUCGUGCCGCCUGGUCAGGAGAGCCGCCAGCCAGUGGCGCGUGCCGUCAGCGCCCGCCUGGCCGCGUCCAUUGGGGGCAGCGGUCAGGGGAGCUUCCCUCAGUCCAGGGCGAGCCCUGCACCUCGUAUCAGAUGGAUCAACGUGGACGCCUCCUGCCUCGCGCGCCAGACGCACGGCACAAAUUUUUAUCCUAGGACUUUUUAGUAGUGAUUCGGGAUGAUCCAAAGGUUUUGCCAGUCACUGCACUAUUAGGCAUGGUCCACACCAGCCCAGGGGAAUAGCAUGGAAACGGCGCAGGGCAUGCCACGUGGCCACGGGCUUGCCAGCCGCGCCGUAUAUAUUGCGUUAUACGCAGCUUCGUCCACAGCGUCAAGCGCAAUGUGGGCGGAAAAGUUUAUGCACGUGCUGCUUUGCAGUCUCGUUGUACGUCCAAGUAUGGGCGACUCUCAGGGACUGCCAUGCGUUUCUUGCGUCAUGUCUUACCAUCAUGAUGUUGGAAGCAACCUUCUCAUUCCUCGCCCAGUGGUGGCCAAUCCCCGAUCUUCAUGGCAACCGUUUCUUUUAAUGCCGCGCCCAGUGGUGGCGAACCCUCAAUAUUCAUCCUCCUCCUGCUCCGUCUAGGUUUCUUUGUAAGCGCUGCAGCGCCCACAUUUUUCGGGCGGGCAUUAUCGCCACGUCCAGUUAGGGCCGAGCCUCAGGGAAUUGUAUGUGGUUCUGGCACCAUGUCUCACCAUUAUGUUGUUGGCAACAACUGUUUCAAGCCGCGCCCAGUGGUGGCAACCACCGGGUCUUCAUUAUCCUCCUCCUGCUCCUCAUCGAUUUCUUGCUUACCUGCUGCCUCCUGCUCCACCUCACUCUGCAGGAAAUCAUUCCGUAGCUUGUACAGCUCAACCUUGGGGUCUUGAGUCUUUGAAGCCGACUUCUCCGUCGCUUUUCAGGCUAGUGCUCAAGCUGAGUGCUCGGAGAUUCAGCGUUGCAGACACGACUAAUACGGGAGAGUUUCGCUCCGAACGCGAGGGCGACGGCGAAGAGUAAUAAAGACGGGACAAGACGGCCCCAAGAUGGCCCAAGAGUGGCCCAAGACUGCCUAAGAGGGCCUCAAGAUCGG